GCAAGAAUGUCACUUGUCAGUGUGGUGAGGGUGGUACUGGUGGACAACAAUUGAUCCAUUACCCGUCGAUUACUUAUCAUUCAGCGCAUGUAGCAGCUGUCACGUACCCGUUAACACGGCCCACAGCCCUCCGCAAUGAUCACAACACCAUUAUCAUCGUGACUACUAACAAAACCGUAACCAGUACUCCAUAAAUUACCAUAAACACCACAAACAUGGCACAAAUACCGUCCUCCACGGAUGAUCUGCCGAAGAGUUUUUUAUCAGCAAUGAGGACUCUAUUCCGAAUAAUGGAUGAUCAAAAUUCUGGUUACGUCAAAUACUCGGACAUAGAGGAGCGUUGGCAGGACGAUGGUACCCAGGGUCUGCCGAAGGGUGUCCUUGAGAGUUUGAAAAAAAUAACACCACCCAAUGGGCUCUUGUCCUUCGACAGAUUUUGCGCUGGUCUCAAGAUGUGUCUGCUUCAAAUUAAAAGCGAAACUGAUACGAAGGAGAGUCACAUUAAUCGUGACAGUGGACAGCCGACUAGACCCCCAUCAGCACCAUUUCUCACUGGUGAUGGACAGGGUAAAACCCCUUGGACAUCUCCAAACACAGCUGCCAUACGACCCAACAACGCCAAUGCCAUUUCUCAGCAGAGAACCCUCAGCAUGCCUCAACUAAUUCCAGGAAAAAAAGACACAGUGAAUAAUUCAUAUCACCACUAUCACAGCCAUCACCAUCACUAUGGAGCCAAUAACAACGAUAAUCCAGGGAAUGGUAAUCCAAUGCCAUUAGAUAAUAUCGAGGGUAGGAGCAAUCAGGAGUUGAAAGUCAUCAAGCCACUUGGCCCACCAAAACCCCCCAGAACAGGGGCUGCCAAUUUCGAUAAAUCAGAGAUAAGAACUGCUCUUCAGAAUUGGCAAAUGGGACUCAUGAUGAGUGACGGGGACAAGUGCAUUGAUAAAUCUAGACAAAUGGUGCCAAAUGGUAGUAGUUAUGGGGUAGAUUCUAGGAGUUUGAGCUCGUUGAGACCUCAGAGAAUUCUGGGGGAUGGAAAGGCUGGGGAGAUGCACAAUAAUGAGAUUGGCAUUCCCUUGAAGAAGAAUACGGUGCGCAGGAGGGAGCCCAGGAGACAUACACUGCAGAAUGGAAUUGAUUAUAAUUUGGUAAAAAGAAUGAAACAAAUCGAACAAGAGCGAGAUGUAUUGCUUCAAGGCCUCGCAGCAGUUGACAAAGCGAGGGAGUGGUAUUUGAAGCAGAUUUCAGUGACUCAGGAGAAGAUCAGACAUCUCGGGAAUAUGGGCUCCCACGUGGAACAAUGGACCGAAGCCCAACAAGAGCGUUUGGAGCUUCAGAGAGCUAGAGUUUUAGAAGUGAAUCGCCACUUGGCAGCCCUGAUAACUAGCUGGGAACGAGGUGGAUUGCCAAUGCACAUGAAUCUCGCGUUCUUGAGUACCCCCAGUUCAGCUCAAUUGAGUCAAGAUAUGAUGGCACGGUUGAAGCAGCAGAAUCGUAGAUUAACCGAAGAAGUGAGCAAGAAGGGACACAAAAUAGUUCUCCUCGAGCAGGAGAAGGAGAAUUUAAUGCGGGAGUUGUACAGUCGUCAAGCAGGAAUGAUCCAAUCUCGUCGAUCUACAAUGAUCCAUGAGCAGCACGAUCAGACAUUCAUGUAAGAAUCUAAAAAGCGUUAAAAAUCUUCCAUCGAGACUGUUCCCGAAAAAUUUACAUUCCAAUUAAGGCAUCGACUGCUAGGACACAGGGUAAAAUCAGUUAUUUUAAGUGCUCUGCGACCUUUAUAAUCCGUCCAAUGAAUCAUGAAUACUGUAACUAAAACAAUUUUCUACUAUUUUCGUUGAUUAUAAAUUAUUGAACUUAUAGAAAGAGUAUAAAAUAAAGAGAUUAUGUCAAUGGAAA